CGGUUGAAGAAGAAGUGGUCAGCCCCGGUGUACGCAUUCUACAAACCAGACAUCAAGAUCCUCACCAAUGAGAAAGGCCAAAUCGUGCACGAGUUCUCUUGCGCGAACCCUGGAUGUACACAGAAGAUCAAACGUAACACCCAAACCAACGACAAGACAUCCACAAAGAACCUCCAUCGGCAUGCGAAGUCGUGUUGGAAAGAUGCGGCGUGGAAGGCUGGAACGGGGGCGGGAUCUGCGGACAAGGCUCGGCCCGGUCUGGAGGCGUUCGGUCGCACCGGGAAACUGACUACAGCGUUCAAGCGGGCUGGAAAAGGCAAGGUCACGUAUUCAAUCGUACAGCAUACAUCAAUGGAAACCAGCGACCGAGCGUUCCAGUGCUUGAUGAAGACGGGCCGCCCGGAGUACAAGAUCCCGUCUCCUUCCACUGUCUCACGCGACAUCCGUCAUGUGUUCGCGAAGUGCCGGCAGCGCAUCGGCCGGAUGCUUCAGGAAUAUGAAGGCGAACUAAACUUCACCUUUGACGCGUGGACAUCGCCUAACCAUAGGCCGUUCAUCGCGUUUGCCGUCCACUUGCACCACCGCGGGGCUCCGUUGAGCAUGAUACUGGAUGUCAUCGAGGUUGCGGAGUCGCACUCCGGUUUCGUCAUGGCAGCUGUGUUUGACGCCAUGUUGAAGGACUUCGGUAUCCAAGAUAAGGUUAGUAGUGCAUCUCCAUAG